AUGUCGAGUUCAAGUUCACGAAGCCAGACCUCGUCGGCUGCCUUGCUGUGGGAUCACCAGGAUCUGGUCCCCAUUCAGAAUGUUCUAGCUGACGAGGAGCUGGUUCUGCUGCUGACGCCGGCCGUUGUUCCUCUAAAAACGAAUCUAACUAGCACGAGCGAUCCAUUCGAGCCCCUCGGCCGGGCACUUGCGCGGAAACACCCAUGGAUUCGCCACGUACCAUAUGUCAAAGACCGUGGCAUUACGGGCACUCAUGUGGCAUUCAUCAAACGAGCCAGAGUCGUCAUAUUUGUGCUCGCUGGCUUUUCCUCGGACGAGGGUGCUUUCCAGCUAGAAGUGGCUGGAAUAGUUCGAGAAGUGUGCGAGGAGCGCCCAACAGCCCUUGUGGCGUGCUGUCAACUUCCCGAAGAUGGACACAAUCGAAUUCACGAACUCGGAUUUCAAACAGUGCUUCAAUGCCCUGGAUAUUCCGCAUCAGACCUGGAAACCAUUGCGGCCCUCUUGACAAGUACGACAGAGUCAGAUAUGGACAUUGAUCCUGAGCCCCAAGCACUGUGGCCAAUCCAACCUUGGAACUACGAGAGAGAUCUUCCAGAAGUGCACAUGUUGUGGUUAGCGGCCCUGCCGCCAAAAUUCCACCUCAGUCGCGCUGUGCUUGGUUCGCUAUUGAAGCGCGACGGGUACGCUAUGCACCACAUCAUUAGGGAACCCAGCAGUGGGAGAAUUGUCGGAUUUUGCGCAACAUUCACCACGUUUGCGGAUAGCAGCGGCGACCGACUUAUCGGGUCAAUUGCUGCCAUUAUUGCCCACCAGGACUUUCGAGGUCGAGGGAUCGGGCGCAUGCUUCACGAUGAAGUUUUAAGCAAACUCAACAAGAUCCGAGGCGUCGGCCGAAUUCAGAUUGGAAGCACAUUCCCACGGUUACUUUACGGCUUACCUGAUCCCGUCAACAACAGCGAGUGGUUUGAGAACCGAGGAUGGAAACUAAACGAGCUUACGCCUGGGAAAGGCCGACCCGUGUCAGACUGGUGCUUGAGAUUCGCGGAUUCCCCAGCCCCCGACUUGGCUUCUGCGGGUUUAUCGUUCAGGCCAUGCCAGCUUCCAGACGCCCACCAUAUCAUCGGCAUGGCGAAUAGGGAGUCAGAGAGGAAGUUUGGGUUUGGGUGGUACGACCAGUACGCCAAGACAAUAGACAGUUGUCAUCUGAGCGAUGUAAUCGUUGGGCUUGAGGGGGACAAUUUGGUUGCGGCAGCCAUCACAUAUUUCCCCAACAACGGCAGCCCAUGUGCUGCAGAUAUCCCAUGGCCGGCUACAGUUGGGCAAGAUAUCGGAGGCGUUUCAUGCAUUUGCAUUAAAGGCAAGUUAUACCGUUACCACGCAAGUAUCCUACGCUGA